CGCGUGACGAUUACGUCGCCGGAAGCCGGGACGAUAGAGACGCGCCGCCUGGGCUGCGCGCGCCGGCCGACAGGAGAGCUGCCGUCGAGGCGAUCCGCGGGCGCGGGCCCCUGGCGGGCGGGCGGCGCAGCCCAAGCCCGUGACCCCGCCUUAAACACCAAGGGUUCGAGUCCCGCCCCCGCAGUGCCAGAGGCCCUGCGGCCUCCCCGCUCUCCGCGCGUCCCCUGUGUGCCAGGCCCUGGACGAGGUGACGGACGGACCGGACGAUGGAUGACGAGCUCGACAGCGGAGGCCGGGCGCACGUGCAGGGCCCCGACCAGGACGGCCCCGGCGCUCCGGGCAGCCCCGCGGCCCCAGGACCCCAGCAGGAGGAGGAGGAGCAGGACGCCGAGGCCGCGGGGCCUGGGGCUCCGCCUGGACCCUACAGUUACAUCCGGGCGGGCCUGUUCACUUCGGAGAUCUUCAAGUUGGAGCUGCAGAACGUACCGCGCCACGCCAGCUUCAGCGACGUGCGGCGCUUCCUGGGCCGCUUUGGGCUGCAGCCCCACAAAACGAAGCUCUUCGGGCAGCCUCCCUGCGCCUUCGUGACAUUCCGCAACGCCGCCGAGCGCGACAAGGCCCUGCGAGUGCUGCAUGGAGCCCUGUGGAAGGGCCGCCCUCUCAGCGUGCGUCUGGCCAGGCCCAAGGCUGAUCCCAUGGCCAGGAAGAGGCAGCGUGAGGAUGAGGGUGAGCCGCCGGCCCCACUGGCCACGUGCAUCGCUGAUGUAGUCACCCCUCUUUGGGCCGUGCCCUACGAGGAGCAGCUUGAGCGGAAGCGGUUGGAAUGUGAGCAGGUGCUGCAGAAGCUGGCCAAGGAAGUUGGGAGCACCAGCCGCGCCACGCUUCCUUGGCUGCCCUCACAGAGGCACAAGCACAACAAGGUCUGCUGCCCCCUGGAGGGGGUCAGGCCAUCACCCCAGCAGACCGAGUACCGCAACAAGUGUGAGUUUCUGGUCGGCAUCGGGGUGGAUGGGGAAGACAACACAGUUGGCUGCCGACUCGGCAAGUACAAGGGCGGGACGUGUGCCGUGGCAGCCCCAUACGACACCCUGCACAUCCCCGGGGCCACCAAGCAGGUGGUGAAGGCCUUCCAGGAGUUCAUCCGGUCUACUCCAUACUCGGCCUACGACCCCGAGACGUACUCGGGCCACUGGAAGCAGCUGACUGUGCGCACCAGCCGCCGUGGCCAAGCCAUGGCCAUUGCCUACUUUCACCCCCAGAAACUGACCCCUGAGGAGCUGGCAGCGCUGAAGGCCUCUCUGGCCCAGCACUUCAUGGUGGGGCCAGGCAAGGCCAGUGGGGUGACCUGCCUCUACUUCGUGGAGGAGGGACAGCGAAAGGCUCCUAGUCAGGAGGGCCUGCCUCUGGAGCACGUGGCUGGGGACCGGUGUAUCCACGAGGACCUGCUGGGAUUGACCUUCCGGAUCUCCCCUCACGCCUUCUUCCAGGUGAACACCCCCGCGGCCGAGGUGCUCUAUACAGUCAUCCAGGACUGGGCCCAGCUGGACUUGGGGACCACAGUGCUGGACGUGUGCUGUGGCACCGGCACCAUCGGCCUGGCCCUGGCCCGGAAGGUGAAGAGAGUUGUGGGGAUCGAGCUGUGCCAGGAGGCUGUGGAGGACGCCCGGGUGAAUGCCCUGGACAAUGAGCUGAGCAACGUCGAGUUCCACUGUGGGAGGGCGGAGGACCUGGUGCCCACCCUAGUGAGCAGACUGGCUUCCCAGCAGCUCGUUGCUGUCCUGGAUCCGCCCCGUGCCGGACUGCCCUCUGUAGGGUUCCAUCCAACCGCGUCAAGGGCACUCCCUUCCGGCCAGUCAAGGCUGUGGCCGUGGACCUGUUCCCGCAGACCCCGCACUGUGAGAUGUUGGUCUUGUUUGAGAGGGUGGAGCACCCUCUCAGCGCGGGGGCCCUGGAGCCCCGGGAUCCUCCAGCCAAGCCCCCACCAGGGCUGCCAGAUGACACCCCACAGGAAACCCAGACCUCCCCGCCUUCUUAGGACCCUGGGGCAGCAGAAACCAGCUUUUCCAGAACAGCACCUGGACUGCAUCACGGGCAGAAGCCCAGGGGUUUCCAGGGCCCUUCCCCGCCCCAGGACACAGGCAGCAGCUACUGAAGACCAGACCAACUGUCCCUGUAGGCUCCUGUGGCCGGCUAUCCCUCACCCCCAUCCUUCUCAGGCCAGCUGGGCCACAAGGGACAGAAUAAACAGGUGCCCAACUGUUGAUGUUUGUGGCAAGAACCCAGAGCCUGGCACACGAGGCUUCUUCUGCCCUCCCCACAGGUGCAAAGGGCACCCCAAGAACUGGCCCAGUCAGAGCAACUCCCCCAGCCCCUCUGUGCCGUCAGGCAUCCCAGCAGAAGUUGCUGUUGAUAGAGUAUCUAGUUUUAUGUUUAACUCAGAGAAGCAAAGAUGUGGGUCUUCUUGGGGUGGAGGGCACAGCACCAGCCCCGCUGACAUUCCCCACUACAGGCAGGCCCAGGGCUUAGACAUUCCUGAGCCUCAUUCUAGCCCCAUCCCUGAAGGGAGGCUAUUUCCUGGUAACACAGGAACUGGGUGGGGCUGGGACAUUGCUUGGCGGCAGUGGGAACUGUUGUGUCCGGCCAAAUGCCCUGGCCUUCAAAGGGUCUGGCUACUUGAGGGUCCACAGCCCCUCCCCCCACCUGUUAAAAGUAAGACAGACCAUUUCUUUUUGGAUAGAUUUAAUUUAUGCAUUUGGACAAUCAGGGCUCGUCCUUACAGCCAUGGUCCAGCUGCCACGUGGGAAAUAUGUGGGGAGUGGUGGCCUCAACACAGGUUCUCGCUGCCCUCUGCCCCCACAACACGACUGUUCACAUGGCACUGGCACCUGCACACAGGGCACAGAGGGAGGGGGACCUAGGGAGGCCGUGGCGAGGCUCGCCUGCCUCUAAGAACAUGUGCACAAAGCUUUGGUUUGUGAUGGUGCAUCUGGCUGUUUUAAGGGCAAACAGUCCUGGUCAGGUGGUUAUUCACAACUGCAGACAGGGCGAGACACAUGAAAGUGUAAUUACAGCAACUUGCCUGUGGGCUCUGUCCUACAAGGGUCAGCAUGGGAGCUGACCCCGGUCACGUUGGGGUGAGGAAGGGGUGCCGCCGUGAGCACAUGCGUCCUCAACAGGUGCUGGGGGGCAGGAGCCAAUGGCUCACUACCACCAGCUCACAUGGGGACAUCCCAGGGCCCCAAGCUCAGCCAUGUCCCCUGGGGCUCAGGGUAGGGACAGACUACUGCACACCCGUCCACAGGGGCCACCUGGAGAGCAGACUGCUGGUCACCAGACCAGGCCACACAGGGUGGCUGCUCUAGAAAUCCUGCGCCAUCACACGGCGCAGGACUCCUUCCACGUGUUCACGCCAGCCUGCAAUUGAGAACUGGCUGCACUGAAGGUCCUUGUCUCCUCUAAAUAAGUCCACAAGCUAAAAUGCA